AUAAUGUCAAAACCUGGCUAUUCCCACUACCUCUCUCGUAAAGAAGAGGAGCAAGGUGAAAUCGUCGACUCUAAGCCUCCGAAUAAAGACUAUAAAGCCUCUGAAGAAAGGAGCCACAGGCCCAAGAGAAGAAGGGAUUACGAUGAAAAAGAUUAUGAUCGAAGAGAUCAUGAUAGAAGAGAUAGGCGCAGAUAUGACUCCAGGCGGGAUGAACAUAGAGAGGGUUUUAGAGAUGAUCAUAGAGAUGAUCAUAGAGGUAGAAGAGAGGAUCAUAGAGAUAGAAGAGACGAGAGAAGAGAAGACAGAAGACAGAAAUAUCAGAGAUAUGAAGAGAAAAGAGAUCGAAGAGGGAAUCGGAUUGAACCAGAGGGUAUAGCUUUGAAUUCUGAGCAAAAUGAGUAUAAACAUGAUAGAGUUAGGAGUCCUGAAAGAGAAAAGCAAAAGGAUUUCUCUAGGAAGAAAUUUGAUGACUCAACAGGAAGUAGGAAAGAGGAUUAUGGGAGAGGAAGCCAUAAUUUCUAUACCGAAAGAGAUAACAAAAUAGUAAUUAAGCCUUCAAGAUUCGAACCCCAUAUUCCAAAUGAUCAUUUUCAGCCAAAAAUAGAACAACCUCCAAAAACCUUAGAAGCUUCUAAAGCUCUUCCAUCUGUUCAAUCAAUACUAGCACCUUCAAAUACCCAAAGAUCACCUUCACCUUCAUCGUCAUCCCAUUCCUCAAUGUCAAUAGAGUCAGCUCCUGAGAAACCUAAGGAGAAGGAAACCAAGAGCAUUCUGCUUGAGAAGAGCAACUUUAACAUUCUUUCGUACUUCUACGAUGAAUCCAAAAGGUCAAGAAAGAAGGGCCUUCACCAGGUCUUUGGAGAAAAGAACGAGCUGUACUCUGCGGAUCCUCUCUACAAGAACUACGUCCAAGAGGUAAACUCUAUGUAUUCAGCUGAAAUUACCAAGAACAAGGAGCUUUUCUCUAAUAACAUUGAGACCCUGAAGAAAUGCAAUGAGGAGAUCAGUAAUGCUAACCUCGAGGAGAUUACUCGGAAGAUCACAGAGGUCAGUCAAAGCAAGAAGAUCUCCGAUCUUCAGACUGUCCCACUCCUCUAUGUCAAGCCUUCUUCUCAUAGCACUUCCUUGAGCAAGCUCAAGGAGACCUUGAAGAGUAACAUGGAUAGAGAGUCUCAGUUAAGGAAGAAGCUCAGAAAGAUCCAAAUGGAUCAAGAGACUUGUGACAUGAACAUCAGGAAGUUUGAUUUUAGUAUCAGCCUUGAGAAAGCCCACAUUGAAGCAAACAAAGCUCUAAUUCAAGGUCAAGAAGACCAAUAA